AUGCUGUGGUCAGUUGGGGACUUUGGGAUGUCAGUGGAGAACACACUGGCGGAGCUGAUCCCGCCUUCCGACCCUGUUGCCAAUCGAAGAGGCGUCGCCCGGGCGACGACCCCACCUCUUCCGGCGCGGGGCUGCGGCUUCCGGCGAGGGACCCGGCGGCGGGUGGCGCCCGACGGCGCCGGGUCCGGGGAGCCGCCCGCCACGCCCGCGGGGCUCGGCGCGGGGGGAGACCGUGUCUGCUUCAACUUGGGCCGCGAGCUUUAUUUCUACCCGGGUUGCUGCCGCCGCGGGAGCCAACGGUCCAUUGACCUCAACAAGCCAAUUGACAAGCGGAUCUAUAAGGGCACCCAGCCCACCUGCCACGACUUCAACCAGUUCACUGCUGCCACGGAGACCAUCUCUCUGCUGGUGGGGUUCUCGGCUGGCCAGGUGCAGUAUCUGGAUCUUAUCAAGAAGGACACCAGCAAGCUAUUCAAUGAGGAGCGGCUGAUCGACAAGACCAAGGUGACCUACCUGAAGUGGCUGCCAGAGUCAGAGAGCCUCUUCCUGGCGUCGCAUGCCAGUGGCCACCUGUACCUGUACAACGUCAGCCACCCGUGCGCCUCAGCCCCACCCCAGUACAGCCUGCUAAAGCAGGGUGAGGGCUUCGCCGUCUACGCUGCCAAGAGCAAGGCGCCUCGCAACCCGCUGGCCAAAUGGGCAGUGGGCGAGGGGCCGCUCAACGAAUUUGCCUUCUCACCUGACGGCCGGCACCUGGCCUGCGUCAGCCAGGACGGCUGCCUGCGUGUCUUCCACUUCGACUCCAUGCUCCUGCGUGGGCUCAUGAAGAGCUACUUUGGGGGCCUGCUCUGCGUGUGCUGGAGCCCGGAUGGGCGCUACGUGGUGACAGGUGGUGAAGACGACCUGGUCACCGUGUGGUCCUUCACCGAGGGCCGUGUGGUGGCCCGUGGCCAUGGCCACAAGUCCUGGGUCAAUGCCGUGGCCUUCGACCCCUACACCACACGGGCUGAGGAGGCGGCAACAGCAGCCAGUGGUGACGGGGACCGGAGUGGCGAGGAGGAGGUGGAGGAGGAGCCAGAGGCUUCAGGCACAAGCUUGGGCGGGGGUGCCCCGCUCUCCCCGCUGCCCAAGGCAGGCUCCAUCACUUACCGCUUCGGCUCGGCUGGCCAGGACACGCAGUUCUGCCUGUGGGACCUCACUGAAGAUGUGCUUUACCCACACCCGCCCCUGGCCCGUACCCGCACCCUCCCCGGCACCCCUGGCACCACGCCGCCAGCCGCCAGCAGCUCACGGGGCAGCGAACCUGGCCCAGGCCUCCUGCCCCGCUCUCUUUCCCGCUCCAACAGCCUCCCACACCCAGCAGGUGGCGGCAAGGCAGGCAGCCCCAGCACAGCGGCCGAGCCAGGCACCCCGUUCAGCAUUGGCCGUUUUGCCACGCUCACGCUGCAGGAGCGGCGGGACCGGGGGGCCGAGAAGGAGCACAAGCGCUAUCACAGCUUGGGCAACAUCAGCCGCGGUGGUAGUGGGGGCAGCGGCAGCGGGGACAAGCCUAGUGGCCCUGCCCCCCGCAGCCGGCUGGACCCAGCCAAGGUGCUGGGCACCGCGCUGUGCCCGCGCAUCCACGAGGUGCCGCUGCUGGAGCCACUGGUGUGCAAGAAGAUUGCCCAGGAGCGCCUGACAGUACUCCUCUUCCUGGAGGACUGCAUCGUCACCGCCUGCCAGGAGGGCCUCAUUUGCACCUGGGCCCGGCCAGGCAAGGCGGGCAUCUCCUCCCAGCCCGGCAACUCCCCCAGUGGCACAGUGGUGUGAGCCGUGGACGGCGGGCAGGGUCCCUACCCCAUGUCCCCAGUCUCCUAGCCGUAACCUCCCUGCUGACCUCACCGAUCAACGUAUUAACAAGACUAACCAUGACGGAUGGACUGCUUCGGUCCCCCGCUCUGCACAAAUUCAGGGGGCAGGGGGUCCCCCAGACUGGCCCAGACAUGGGGGAUACAGUAGCCCAUGUGGCCUCAGCCUUGCCCCUACCCACUGCCAAGUAUAAUGAUCCCUUCCUCUGA